GUCAGGUUUAUAGCUGGAGUAUAAAUGGUGGAGCCGCGCGUCCCGCAGCUGACGGGCUCAGUGACGCCAGCGCCUGACUGAGGAUCCCGCAGCUGCCGGUGGCUCCAGGGGAAACGCGCCGCAAGUGGCGAGGAAAUUAAGCCUGGACUGAGGAGCCCAGCUAAAUCACAGAAGGCUGAUUGGGCAGGACACUCUGAUGGGAAUAGAGGUGUUUUUAGCUGGCUCAGAAGUAGCAGAUACCACCCAAAUCAAGGCAUGAUGAACACUUCUGUGGGUCCAUCGAGGCUGACUCUCAUCCCCAAUAUUAGCUCAGUCUCCACCAAUAAUGCUGGCCCUCACAGCGGGGCCAAGCCCAAGGCCUGUGAACAGCUUACCAUCACCACGGAGGUGUUCCUCAGCCUGGGCCUUGUCAGUCUUCUCGCCAACAUCCUUGUUAUCUGCGCCGUCGUCAAGAACCAGAACCUGCACUCGCCCAUGUACCUGUUCGUGUGCAGCUUGGCCGUGGCAGAUAUGCUGGUAAGUGUCUCCAACGCCUUGGAGACCAUAAUCAUCUACCUCCUCAACAACGGCCAGCUGGUGGUGAGCGACCACUUCAUCCGGCAGAUGGACAACGUCUUCGAUUCCAUGAUCUGCAUCUCCGUGGUAGCCUCCAUGUGCAGCCUGCUGGCCAUCGCCGUGGACCGCUACGUCACCAUCUUCUACGCCCUGCGGUACCACAACAUCAUGACCGUCCGGCGGGCGACCUUCAUCAUCACCGGCAUCUGGACCUUCUGCACAGGCUGCGGCAUCGUCUUCAUCAUCUACUCGGACAGCACGCCCGUCAUCAUCUGCCUGGUGUCCAUGUUUUUUGCCAUGCUCCUAUUGAUGGCCUCCCUCUACAGUCACAUGUUCAUGCUGGCUCGAUCCCACGUCAAGCGCAUCGCCGCCAUGCCUGGCCAGAACGCCGUCCACCAGCGGACCAGCAUGAAAGGUGCCAUCACGCUCACCAUCCUCCUGGGCAUCUUCAUCGUCUGCUGGUCCCCCUUCUUCCUCCACCUGAUCCUCAUGAUCUCCUGCCCCAGGAACCUCUACUGCGUCUGCUACAUGUCUCACUUCCACAUGUACCUCAUCCUGAUCAUGUGUAACUCCGUCAUCGACCCGCUCAUCUACGCUUUCCGUAGCCAGGAGAUGAGGAAGACCUUCAAGGAGAUUAUCUGCUGCUACAGCAUGCCCAACAUCUGCAGGCUAUCGAGGUAGGGUUACCAUGAGAAUAAAACAGGAGAGCCAGUGGAUACAGAUGUACCAUCGUACUGUCAUUCAAACCAAUCAAGGGGAUACUUCACCACGUGUACUAGGUACAGCUGAAGUGUUCCUGUGCUUCCCAGAUGUGUAUAAACCCCAGAGAAAAUGCCUCUGAUGGACACAAUGGCUGAUGGGGUCUGUAAUUCCUUCUAGUGAUAGCCCGUCCGCUCUCCGUACCCCAGGACGCCCCCUGCUGUACUUACAUACUUCAUGCACUCAGCAUACUACCCAGUAAUGUUUACAAAGGCGAAGACCUCUAAUGUUAUUGCAUGCAAUCUCUGCAGCCUGCUAACCCCUACAAAUUAAACCAUCACGAGAAAUAAAAAUACAGAUGUUUGUGUUCGUGAUAGGAUCGCACCUCCGAGGUUUUUAUGCUCGUGGACUGUUAUUUGUCAGAUGUUUGGAAUGACCGCAUUUGUUACCCUCUGCGUAAGGGAGGUGGACAUCCGGGACUGUAUACCAGUGAGAGUGAGAGUGAGAGACCUGUCGAUUCUUUCCUAUGGGCAAAGCCAUAUUCCGAACAGUGACAACCUUAACCAUAAGUAACCAUCCCCACAACAGCAGAAUAACAGGUUUUUAUCACAUUGUGGGGUCAUUUGAUCCCCACAAUGUAAGGUAUAGCUGCACCUCACACACACACACACACACACACCCUCGGCAGAACCAAUAUCUGUAAUGAACAAAUAAUUACUCUAAUUAAAUUGUGCACCGGUGGGGAAAAAAGUGAAUUUGAAUUCUUAAGUUAAUGACGACAUUUAAGAAACUGCUGAUGUAAUCUGGGUAGAAGGCAAGUGUUUAAAUCCUCUUGACACGGAGCCUUGUUCCGUUUUUGCUGGCAUAUUUCCGUCGUGACUGACGAGGCGCAUGGACAUCAGCCUGAGAUGCUCUCGCGUCUAUGGCUUGGCCUCGGGGCUGGGAUUCCCCGUCUGCCUGCUUUCAUGUCGCCUUUAGACCGGGCCCAGCUCCUCUCACGGUGGUAGGAUGGUAAUUGGGAGCAGCCGGGUCAGACUCUGAGGUUCGUCUGCUUGGAUCACGGCUAAAGAGGCCGGGCCUGGCUGCACCAACGGGCUAAUUGGACCCAGAGGGAAACAUGCAUGAUGCUUUGGGGGCUCAGAGCAGGACUCACGGUGGUGUUCUGAGGAAUAACUCGGCAUCUGCUGCUCAAAGACCUGCACGCCCACCUCCUCCUGCCUCAUAAAUAUGUAUUCAUCAUUAAAAUGUUAUGAAUCACUAUCCUGCUUUUUUUUCCUGUCAGACCCCAUCCUGCCUCAGACGAGUCUCCAGCCUCUGAACCGGACUUUGAACAGCCGGUUCUGCUCCGAUCAUGUUUUUAGGUACUGAACUCAGAAGCGCUCAUUAC